AUGUCGUCGACUGCUGCGGCGCACCAGAAGGCGGCGGCGCCUGAGCACGGGCCCUUCCCCAUCGAACAGCUACAGGCAUCUGGAAUAGCUGCACUUGAUGUGAAAAAACUCAAAGAUGCUGGUCUCUGCACAGUGGAAUCUGUAGCAUACUCUCCGAGGAAAGACCUUUUGCAAAUUAAAGGGAUUAGUGAAGCCAAAGUCGACAAGAUAAUUGAAGCAGCUUCCAAAUUGGUUCCACUCGGAUUUACUAGUGCUAGCCAACUUCAUGCUCAGAGGCUUGAGAUCAUCCAGCUUACAACUGGAUCCAGAGAGCUUGAUCAAAUUUUAGACGGUGGAAUAGAAACAGGAUCUAUAACAGAGAUCUAUGGUGAAUUUCGCUCCGGGAAGACUCAGUUGUGCCACACUCUCUGUGUCACAUGUCAGCUCCCAUUGGACCAAGGUGGUGGUGAGGGAAAGGCUUUGUAUAUUGAUGCAGAGGGUACAUUCAGGCCUCAAAGACUUCUCCAGAUAGCAGAUAGGUUUGGCUUGAAUGGUGCUGAUGUACUAGAGAAUGUGGCUUAUGCCAGAGCAUAUAACACUGAUCAUCAAUCAAGACUUUUGCUAGAAGCAGCUUCCAUGAUGGUAGAGACCAGGUUUGCUCUUAUGGUUGUAGAUAGUGCUACAGCCCUAUACAGAACUGAUUUCUCUGGUAGAGGGGAGCUAUCAGCAAGGCAGAUGCAUCUGGCUAAGUUUCUUAGGAGCCUUCAGAAGUUAGCAGAUGUGUUUGGAGUGGCAGUGGUAAUAACGAACCAAGUAGUGGCUCAAGUGGAUGGUGCUGCAAUGUUUGCUGGGCCACAGAUCAAGCCCAUUGGAGGAAACAUCAUGGCUCAUGCUUCCACAACUAGGCUCUUUCUUCGCAAGGGAAGAGGGGAGGAGCGGAUCUGUAAAGUAGUCAGCUCACCCUGUCUUGCUGAAGCUGAAGCAAGGUUUCAAAUAUCAUCUGAGGGUGUCACUGAUGUCAAGGAUUGA